UGACACUUCCUGGGAUUCCCGGGCCUACUGCCGGAAGUCUCGGUGGUCGCCUUGGCAACAGGGGCCCAUACCAAUAAGGGUCGCUCAGUCCUCCAGAGGCUGGUCCAGCUAGGCCCAGCUCAGUCCAUUCUUUGAUUCCCAAAGAGAGGAUUCCCUCCCCACUGGCAGGCCCGGAAAAACUGCUUGCCUGGAGGGAUGGCCAGUCCUUUGAUUUCUCAGUACCUGCCUCCUGACAUCGACCCUACCAAAGUUUCCAUUGCCUAUGGACGCCGGGCUCUGCCGAAACUGAAUGAGGAGCUCAAUAGCCCGGAUCUGCUGACUCGGCAGAGGGCCCUCAUGGCCCUGUGUGACUUAGUGCAUGAUCCUGAAAAUGCGUACGAGGCCAUUAGCAUCGGGUGUCUGAACACCUUGAAACUUCUGCUGAAAGACGCGGACAGCACCGUGAGGCAUAAAACCUUGGAAGUUUUUUACAUCAUGGCUAGUCACAGUGUGGGCAGGGAAGGCUUUUUAAAGAAUCGAAUCAUCCUGGCCCUGGCCCCGAACCUGGAGGACCCCGUGUUGUUGUGCCGCAGAUUCUUGCAUAUGACCUACGUGAGAUUGGCGCAGGUGCCCAAAGGGGCCCAUGCAAUCAUUGCGAGUGGACUGAUUCCCUAUCUGGUGAAGAAGGUACAAAUAGAAGUGGAGGAAAUCAAGGAGAUCCUCUUGGACACUCUCUACUUCUGCCUGCAAUGGGAUGCAUCCCAGGCCCUCCAGAGCGACGCAGUGCCCAUCCUUCAUGAGAUGCUCUUUAGUCUGAACGAUGUCAUCCGAAGCAAAGCAGCUCGCACCAUGAUGGCCUUGUGCAUGCCUCGGGAUGGGAAGAAAAAAGUGUGGGAGUACAACGUCAUUCCUAUCCUGGUGUCGCUAUUGAAUGACUCAAAUAUAGAUGUGUUGGCCAACGCAGCAGGGGCGCUGAUGUUUGCAACGGUGACUACUGCAGGUGUAGGGAGUGGAGUCUCAAGCCUUGGAGAUCCAGAAGUCCAGGAAUCAAGAACAGACAUGGCAGCAAUAAAGCCCCAGGAAGCAAGGCUCUGAGGAUGUGGAGGUGGGGCUUUGCAAUUGAACUUGGAGGAGCUCUUGUCCUCUAGCAGUGAUGGCAAACCUUUUAGAGAUGGAGCACUGGGCACUGUCCCCACCCCACCCCCCAGACUAUGUGCCAGGGCGCUCCCCCACAUUAUGAGACAGGGGAAAGAAGAAGUGCUCCCAUUGGGCUGCUGGGCGGAGGGGUCGGUGAAGUGAGGAAUGUCCUCAGUGAGUGUAGAGAGGGGGAAGGGAGUGGCCCAAGUGCUCUUCUCCCCUCCAGCUCUGCCACCUGUGAGCCAACACCUUACCCCCUGUGUGCUCCCAUUGGCUGCUGGGCAGAGGAGUGAGGAGGUGUGGUGGAGAGGGGGAGGGGAGCAGCUCUGCCCAAGUCCCUCUGCCUUUCUAGUAAUGAACUUUGGGGGAUGGGGGUGAGAUGGGGAAGGGUGGAUACAUGCCCACAGAGGGCACUCUGUGUACCAUCUUUUGGCACCCAUGCCAUAGAUUCACCAUCACUGUCCUACAGGAACUGAGCUAAACUGUAAGCUUAAUCCUGUCCCUCCAGAGAUUGUGGGGCAUAUAUAUGGAUAAGCAAGGGAAAUAUUCCUCCCCCCACCCCAGGGAUUGAGUAAAAUGUUUAUAAAUGUGUUCUUGCUACAUCUUUGAAAUAAAAUCACUUUGUUAAAAC